UUCCGGUGACGUCACGACGCUGCGGCCUGAGUUGAACUACACAGCUGAAAGAAAUUGGAGACGACAAGACGGCAAAAAAAAAGCCGCAACGUCACGUCGUCGUGUAACAACCAAAGAUAUCAAAGGAGCCAGCUGAAAAAAAAGUAUUUUGUUUGGUAAUAAGUUACCACCGAUAGAUGAUAAGCAAGAUGCCUGGUCAACUCAACAAGGUGGCGAUGCACAGAAAGAGGAAGAGCGUCUCUGAGCCCAAACACUCCAAAAAGGUUUCUGUCCCCAGGAGGAAAUGCGUGAAAAGUCCAAAGGCGCUCUGUGAAGCGGAGAGCAGUUCGGUGGCCAGCGCCAAAAGCAAAGCGGCCGGCGACACAUCAGAGAGACUGUCUCACAUCAGCUGUGAGUGCCUCCUGUCUGCAGGCAGACAGCGAUGCUCUGCUUCUCCUCUGUUGGAUGGGCAGGAUGGCAAAGAAAACGACAUGCGGACCAGCCCCUUCUUGGAGACCUGCGCAUGGUACGGUGUACAGGACAUGCCUGGUCCUGAUGACAUGGAGUGCCAAGAAUCGGACAAAAACAUGUUUCCUGAUGAUGACAGCAACCAGAUUCUUCCUGUGGAACAGUUUUUUGGAAAUCUGGAUGAGUUACAGGACUUUCCUCAAAGAACAUCAGCGACGACUUCUCGUCAUCAGAGGAGGCACAGGCGGCGCCAUUAUUACGCUCCGGACGACAGCGAUGAAGAGCUGGAGGCAGAGGCAGGCCUGGGCAGCACACGGCAAGAGGAUACUUUGUGACGCCGUCUUAACUUUCUGCACUGAGAAACUUUUCAGCACUUAGCCUUGGAAAGAAAAAGUGUAUAAAGCAGCCAAAUGAAAACGUAUGAGAAGUCCAGUCAGCCUAUCACAAGCACCGAGGUAAUGUGAGCAUUCCUUUGGUUUUUGAUGCUUAUGCCGAAAGAUAAGGAGACUUCACACUUCGGACUUUGUCACAGCGGUGGGUAGGCCAAACCACUCGAGACAAUCACUUCCAACACAAGCCAGCAUUGCAUGAAUGUCUUUAGAGAGCGUGCUGCCAGUUGGAACACAGCCUGUGUCCAUGGUGAUCACAUUAUUUUUUGAGCAUUUUACUGCUACCACAUAUCAUACAACUAUUCAUGAAUGCCUUUAUGCCCACUCAAGGCCUGGUUUAGAGGUGACAAUGAGCACGCUUACGCCAUUUAAAAGCGCACGCAAUGAUAUCCAGUGGUACAAGAGCUGUGUCAAACAUCCUGCCUUCACACAGAUGCUCAGUCUUACACUUAUGAUUCAUUUAUUUUUUUUUGCAAUUAUAUUUCAUUGAAUUUUCCAGUUAAAAUCACAUUUGACAAUCUUACUUCACUCACUCAGACCCUUCAUACAUUCACACAUCCACACUCAAAUGCACGCUUGAGGAGAGAAGCUGCACUUGGGCUUGAACAACUCAAGGUUUACAGUAGAGAUGUCCGGUAAUAUUGGACUGCCGAUAUUAUCGGCCGAUAUGCUUUAAAAUGUAAUAUCGGAAAUUAUCGGUAUCUGUUUCAAAAAGUAAAAUUUAUGACUUUUUAAAACGCUGCUGUACAGCGCGUUACACGGACAUAGGGAGAAGUACAGAGCGCCAAUAAACCUUAAAGGAACUGCCUUUGUGUGCCGGCCCAUUCACAUAUCUACGGCUUUUCACACACACAAGUGAAUGCAAGACAUACUUGGUCAACAGCCAUACAGGUCACACUAAGGGUGGCCGUAUAAACAACUUCAACACUGUUACAAAUAUGCGCUACACAGUGAACCCACACCAAACAAGAAUGACAAACCCAUUUCGGGAGAACAUCUGCACCGUAACACAACAGAACAAAUACUCUUCCGGGAUGCUACAAUAUACACCCCCCUCCAUCCCCCCUAAAACGUAUCAAGAUGUAUCUUUUGAAAAUAUAGUUAGGGAUGAUGUUCAUCCUCAAGAAAUAUAUCAAACUACAUUUUCAAAAGAUACAUUUUGUUUGAUACUGGUGAAUUUAUAUACUGCUUGGGUACAUUUUUGACCGUGUUUGGAAAAAAUAAAUAGGGGUGGCGUUCAUCUUCAAGAUAUACUGUAUAUUACCAAAUAGUAGCCCGGGCGUUUAUUUCACAAAAUCAUUUUUGGAGACUGGCGUUUAAAAGAAGCAGGCGGUUAUUUGCUCAAAGCUUUUAUCCACUUUUGCACCUGCCUGCACCACGCCAUUAUUGUGUCACAAUGGUUACUGUCCAGUAUUUUUUUUUUUGUAUAAAAAACUUUAAAUGUAAAAGCUAUUGUAAAGAUACAAACAAAAAAACAAGACUAUUAAAAUACAAGGCCUCAACAUGGCAUUAGUGCAACAAUUGUCAAAUAGAAUACCAAUACUGAAAAUAAAUAACGUUUUUAAAUAAAGCAGCCUACCGGGAAAAAUACAAUUAUGGUACUCAAGUAUAAAACCCACCAACAAAACAAAACAAUAAUAGCGUCACUUAAAUAAAAUAAAGGCUACAGUAUUCCAAGUUUUAAAUAAAGCAGCAUACAGGAAAAAUAAAAUGAUGGUACCAAGUACUGUAUAAAACCAUCAAAACAAUAAUACUGCAGCAAAUGCAACUCAUACCCACUCAUCAUCCUCGUCCUCCCCCUCCUCUCCCCCACCCCCCUCAUCAUCAUCCUCCUCUUCAAUCACAAGUUAAUUGAGGAACUGCUGUUUCUCAACACUCUCCUCCUCUUCCUGAACCACAGCAAAACCCUGCUGUCUAGCCCUCAACAGCAUCUCUCUGCCUGCCUGACAUGGCUGUCCCUCCUUGAGGCAGUAAAUGAGCUGGUCCUCACUCCCAUCAGCUGCCACCGUCAGCCCACACACCUUGUAGGAUACCAGAAAGCAACAAUCAGCUAUGGCUACUGUUUGCAACACAUACACAUACCAGUGUUUCCCACAGGUCAGGCAUCUAUUUGUGGUGGUGUGGUUGGGCGGCGGGUAGGGGGAGGGAUUUGGGUAGGGGAGAGGAGGCUGGGGGCGGCAGCGAUGACCAAGAAGAACGCGGAGUUGGAAUAUAAUUACAACACUUUAUGUACAUACUUAUAUAAUAUUUAUAUAAUAUGUAACUACAAGCUCCAUUCACAGACAGAGUCCCAUUGCUUUUAUGAGCGGCCGAGCGAGUCAAAAGCCGAAAAAAAAAAUAUAUAUAUAUUUUUAUUUUUUUAUUUUUUAUUUGCGGUGGCCGUAAUUCUUUCGUGGCGGGCCGCAACAAAUAAAUUAAUGUGUGGGAAACCCUUCAUACACAAAGCCAGCCAGCCUACCUUGAAUGAGUUGAUCAGUGUCCCCCGAUCCAGAGCAUCCCAGGCUCCCAGGACCCAGUCGACCAGGAGGCGGGGGAAGGGGCUCUCAGGUUCCCUGACUUGGUGUAGGUAUUGUCUUUAUCACCAGCCAUCCAGUUAUCGUAGUAGUCGCGGAGCUGCGUUUUGAAAGGGCCAUUCCCCACAACAUCGGGGGCCUGUAGGUACUUUGUGCAACCUCCAGAUAUAACAGCCAUUGUAAGGUUGUAGCCCCUUUUGAGCUAUGCCUUCGUGGCCUCACUGAUAUGGCAUCGGUACGAGUCCCAUGCAAGUAGCCUCGGUCCGAAGAUACAUUUCCCCACUGCCCUCUGGAGCCAAUCCUUUGUCAGGUCAUCAUUAAACCAGCCAUUCUUGGAGGAAGCUAUGAUCACCCCGGUGAUGCUCUGGAUAGCCUUUACAUCACGGACAGCACCUUUUAACACAACGUAAGGCUUCAGCUUUGUCCCGUCUACUUUGGCUGCAAGAGCCACCGUGACGCGUGCCUUCUCGUGGCCGGUGGGUUUGAGGCAGAUGGAGCGGGCGCCUCUCUCAUUGACCGUACGUUGUCUGCUUUGAAGAUCUUCUUUGGCUCACACUGCAGGUUUUGUGCUUCUUUCUUGUGGCACACGAUGUGGACCAGCUUCAGGUUGUCACAAGUGACUUUUGUGGUUCUGAAGCGCACCCAUAGGAGUGGGAAUGAUUGUCCUCUUCUUUUUAAUCCUUGGUAAACAGAAGUAGACAUUAUUUUAUAGAUUGUUUCGGAAUGUAAAACCUGUGGUCCAGAUUCAAGUGCUGAACAUGAUGCGACUCUCUCUGCUGCUGUAGGGAUUGAUGGAGUGGAGCCAAGCACACUUGGGCUGGGCAAAGGAGCCCUGAGGCAGAAGGUGACUGCUGUAAUCUAAUGGUGCCUAAUACAAGAGCUCAAUUGUGCUUGACAAUACCUGGCAGGUAAACCAUCCUUUUCUUGUCCAGAUGCGGUGCUUCUCUUUUUGAGAGCGGUCAAAGUAGCAGCCGUUGUAUUUGUCACACUUGAGCUCUUUGAGGCCUGCACACAUUCUUCUCGAACUUAAGUCUUCUGCACAGCUUUGGUAGCUUCAUCCAGCUGUUAACAGAGACAGGAAACUCUUACUGCGAGAGUGCACCCCCUGACCUAAAAAUAGCUGUUUUGGCUUUACGUCUCUCAUGUAGCUCCUUAUCCUGUUUUCGCAGUUAGACUUUAAGUAGGCUAACUUGGUCUUGAAUCGAGCCUCGACACCUGAGAGGAAAACACAAUUGAACUAAUAAUCACUCGUUGGAAUAAUAUAAAAGAUACACACGUUUCCAAAUACACAGAAUAAGAUGUUAAAAUCCAAAGUGCCACCUCCUACCUCCCUUGUUGAAGACUUAGACACUGACUUAUUAUCUUUGUUGCUGCAGGCUGGGCAGAUGCAUCAUUAGGGUUUUCAAGUGGGCUCCUAUUCUCAUGGACGUUUCGCUGACUGGGCCCACGACGCCUCAAGUAGGCUCAGCCGUGCAUUCUGGCGUCUCAGAAGCAUCCUCCUCUGCACCUGACCAGCCUCAGCAUGAGUAUUGAUUAAUUUUGGUGACCAGUUGGGGUCUUUCCUCCUCAGCCCGAGCCAUCGGCUGCUCCGCUCUGCCACCCGCGAUGUUUCCUUAAUUGCCUUACGUAGAGCUUGACCGCCAACUCCCAGGUCCCUCAUCAGCCUUAUUGUUGAUGUUGCCACAAAGCCCCGACAUCCAACUUCUACGGGGCAAACUGGUGUUCUCCAGCCUCGCCGUUCAGCCUCUGCAGCAAGCUCUGCAUACCGGAGCUUUUUCCGCUCAAAAGCUUCCUCCACCACAUCCUCCCAAGGGACUGUGAGUUCAACGAAGUACAUGAUGUGCUGGGAGUUGGACCACAGGACUAGGUCAGGCCGCAAGUUGGUAAUUGCUAUCUCUGGUGGAACGAUGAGUUUUUUAAUACACGUCCACCAGCAUCUGCCAGUCCCGGGCUACCUCCAGCUGUCCCAACCUGGGCCUUGAUGGUGUCUUCCGUUGCCUUCCUUGCCCCUCUCAUUGACCGUACUAUAACCAACCAUGUCAAACCAGACGGCUGUUUCAUCCAUGGCGAUGAUAUUUUUGGGCUGGAUUUUCUUGGCCUCUAUCUGUCAACUUCCCUGUUUUCUCUACUAAACAAUCUUCUCGACGGGAGCGUCCUUCUGUGCAAGAGUUGUUCUCCUCUUUAGGGUAAAGUUGUUCCGACACAGGAAUCGAUUAAGCCAGCCACUCGUUGCACCAAACACCACCCUGGUGUCUCUUGUGUCACUCGCGGUGGCAUACAACUCCUUGGCCUUUACACGGAUCAUUUUGCGGGACACACGGUGGUUCAGUCCACUAACGUGAUGUAUCCACUGACACAAAUUAGCUUCAAGCUCGUUGCUCACUUUCUUCCUACCUCUGCCAGAUAAACGAGCCCGUUUUCCAUCGAUUGCCGACUAAGUAGUUCUCCCUUUUUUGUUUCCAUUCGCGUACACGUUUUGGGUCAACAUUAAACUGCCUGGCCGCUGCCAAACCAGAAUUCUGCUCCGCAUACUUCACAACCGCUAGCUUGAACUUCAAGUCAAACUUUCUGUUCUUCUUCACCCUUAAAGUAUUCCCGUCCAUCAGUUGUGGACGGCUGUUUGGACAUGGGCUAUUAUUAGGAAGAGGUGUUUAAUUCACAAAAUGGGCUCAGACCCCGGGCGGCUAUUAGGACAUGGGCGGUUAUUUGCCCAAGGGCGUUUGUUUUGUAAUAUACGGUAUUUGUUUUUUCCAGACAUGGGUGAAAAUUUACCCAAGCAGUAUGUAAAUUCAUGGGUCACAUUAGGUACACAUGCCCACUUUACAAUUGACAGAGCAUAAUUAAAAAAAGCUGCUUUUACUGUCAUUUAUGUCACACUGUGUUCAUGUGCGCAUGUCACAAUUAGAUGAAACUACAAGCUGUUUCCUUAAAUCAAGUCGUAAUGUCACUCUUUUUCUGUCAGCGUUUAGUGGCUCACCUAACUUCAUUGUGGCCCGUCUUGACAAAAAACAAAUCCUGUGUAAAAUGUUGCAGACAAAAAGGCGGAAUGAUUUAUUCUAUAUAAAUGGGUUUUACUUGUAUAGCGCUAUUUUACCUUCAAGGUACUAAAAGCUCUUACACUAUUUCCACAUUCACCCAUUCACACACUGAUGGCAAGAGCUGCCACGCAAGGCCCUAACCACGACCCUUUAGGAGCAAGGGUGACGUGUCUUGCUCAAGUACAACAGACGUUACAAAGUUGGUAGAAGGUGGUGAUUGAACCAGGAACCCUCAGAUUGCUGGCACGGACAUUCUCCCAACUGCAACACGCCGUCCCCCUAAAUAUACAUAGGAGCAGGUGUGAGGGCAUAAUAUAAGGGAUGACCCUCGGCCAACACUAUGUAUGAGGUCAACCACUUAUGUACAUCCGUCAAUCUGUGAUGUCACAAAUGGCCCACUAUUUUUUUUUUUUUUUCUAAUUGUUCAGUUACAUUCAAAAGUGUGUGCAAGCUCACACCCAAAUACAUGAUCCUUAUGACUACUGUGGACUCUUUGACAUUAACAUGAUUUUCCCACAUUGUAACAUAAGUCAAAAAAGAGAAAAAUCAUAUGUUCCUUUUAAUGUUUAUUAUUGAGGUGUGCAAUAGAACAGCACGACCACGGACUUAAAUUUAACCUCUUAGUUCCAAGCUGUUUGUUUACAUGCUUUUUUCAUUUGUCUUUGCUAUUUGGGCUUAUUGGACCCUAAUUAGAAUAAAAACUAAAUCAUCUUUUGAUAUGAUGUAUUUAAUCCAUAAGUACACAAAUGUGUACUUCACGUAUAGUCAGUCUAAAGUCUUAUUUUUACACUCUUUUUUUCCCCAAUUCCAUUGUAUGUUAUACUCUUCUGACACCACCAGAUGGCAAUAUAAGUGUCCAAAUAAGCGGCCAAAGACCCCAAUUCAGUAGUUUGCACAAUUUUGGAAAUAAGAGCUAAAAGGUGCUGUCCACGCAUGUGGCCACUAAGCCUUUAGAGGUGUUGCUUUUUAAGGUAUUGGCCAUAAUACUGUUGUCAGGAAAUGCAAUGGAGUUUUACACCACACAGUGGGGGAAAAAAUCAAUACCUUAAAACUGAGAAUGUUCUUUUGGAAGGCAGCAUAUUUGUUACAGCGGUACAUAAUACAUUAUCUCCAUGUACACAACACAGAUUACACUGUAAUUUGAACACAUUUAUAACUUAGACCUGAGACAAAACCAAAUUAAACUAAAUCAUUUAUGCAUCGUAUCCAACUCAACUUUGUAAAUAGUUAAACAUUCAGGUUUUAUGUAAAAAUAGUGUACAUUAUUUAAAGCAGCAAAGUGAUGUGGUUCAUGUUGUUAUGACGACGAGGCAUAGAAAAAAUAUAACAUUUUGAAUCCAGUACUACUAUCUUUAAAUGUAAUGAAAUGCAGAUGUUAGUUUUUUGUCAGAAAUGAUCAGCAGAAUGCAAUUUAUCUCAAAGUAUGAUUUUUAAUAUAAAUAGAACUGAUGAUUAAAAUUGCAUGCAAGCACCUUUUCUAACUGUAGAGAUUCAUACCAAGAGUUUCAUAUUUCUAUAAUUGUCAUUUUUCAAGUAUUGAUUAAUUCAUGAUUAUACUUGGGCAGCUUUUACAGUGUGUACAUAUAAUCGUAUAUUUCUCAGUGAAGUUCAUUGUACUCAAGAGUGUACGGUCACUUUUGCAUCCAUCCAUCCAUCCAUCCAUCCAUCCAUUUUGUACCGCUUGUCCAUUACAUGUAUAAGAGCAUAACUUCUGAUCCAGUCAUCUUGAUUUUGAGGUUUAUAACUGUUGCACUAAAAUAUUGCUUGUUAAUUGUCUGAAGCAGAUUGAGCUGAUGUAGAUGUUUUAUAUAUUUAUACUGUUUUAAAAAUCCAUGCCUUAUUCAUGUUGAAUGCUUUUCAUAUUGUACUAUGCAACUUUCACAAGGGAGUGAUUGCCUCAUGAAUUCAGCAUUUAAUGUGGUAAAACAUCGCCGCGCCAAGACUAAGAACAAAUAAAUGUGUUUCAUCUUUCAUCUCCA